GUGUUUGUGAAUAGUAUUUGAGUUUAAGUGUGUGUUUUUUGUUUAAUACUUUUGGAAUCAUGUCGUUCGUUUGUAAUUUUGGGAAAGCUGCUUUAGCAACUCUUCUUCUCACUCCUUCCAUAUCAGCUGCAGACUAUACACCUCAAGAAACCGUCUUGAAUUCUGGCCGUCCAACUUUUUACGAUGCCUCCACGUCCAUUCCUGGUAAAAUCGCCCUCGAAGAACAUGUUGGCAAUGAUCUCCUUAACGGUCUCUAUACUGUUCCUUACUAUCCCAACACCAACGAACCUCAAUAUUCUGAUUCCGUCUACAUCGCCGAUGUAGGUGAGAAGAUGCUCGAUAUUCCUUCGCGCAUUGCCAAUAUGGAUGCUGCGAACAUCAGCAUUUCCGUUUUAACAUUUGGAGGCCCGGGUAUCCAGGGGGUUUUCAAUGCUACCUAUGCGACUUAUGCCGCAGGAUAUGUGAAUGAUUAUUUGUAUAAGAAUUAUAAGAAUAAUGCAAAUUACACGGGGAGAUUUGAGUUUUGGUGUAGCAACGCACUUCAAGAACCCUCCAAGGCCGCCACUGAACUCGAACGAUGUGUCAAAGAACUCGGAGGCGUCGGGUCCUUUGUUGGUGGCUACACUAACAAUGGAGGUAUCAACGGUACCGCAAACGACAUCGUCUAUCUCGAUGACCCAAGCAUGGAGCCUUUCCUCGAAAAAGUAGUGGAGCUAGACGUCCCCAUCUACUUGCAUCCACGUAUGCCAGCCCCUAGCCAACUUCUCAGCGUCAAAGGCUAUGAAUUCUUGGGUUCAUCUCCUUGGGGAUUUUCCUCCGAGACAGGUGCUCAUGCUCUCCGUCUCAUGGUUUCAGGAACUCUGGAUAAAUACCCUACUCUUAAAAUUGUACUCGGACAUUGUGGAGAGGGACUUCCAUUCUUCCUUCCACGUAUUGAUCAGCGAUUGAGACAUUUCAAGAAAGAAUUGUUCAACAACACGCUUACGAUGGAAGAGUACUGGCUCCGCAAUUUCUAUGUUACAACUGCGGGUGUACAAGAUGCAGGAACAUUGGUGGAUACGAUUAAGAGAACAGGAGAGGAUAGAGUAAUGUUUAGUGUAGACUAUCCAUUUGAGGAUACGGUGGAGAUUGCGGGAUGGUUUGACCGUUUGGAGAUGAACACACUUACCAAGACGAAGUUGGCAUACGAGAAUGCGAAAGCGCUCCUUAAGUUAACGUAAGAGAAUGAGGUUCGGCGUGUUGUUGUACAUACAUUGAUAUUCAUGUUGUAUUUUUUGAAUUGAGAAAGGUUGGUGAAGGCGAGUGAGUAGUUGGAUGUUUGGUGCGCGGGAUAUUGCGAGGUGGUCUGAAUGUUUCCGACGAGGAAUUUUCAUUCUGUAUAUGGAAGUUUUAAAUAGGAUCUGACGAUAAUCGACACUAUUGAUAGCAUUCGAGCCAUAAUGGAAUGGAAAGAUAUGACUGCUCAUAAAAGUCCUAUUAUUGAAUAGGUGUUAUGUCGGUGCAGAAAAACGACCACGCAUUUUCAACAAGCAUCAUGUAGACGACAUAAUCAAGCAUACUCACUCGCCUUGCAUCUGGACUCUCUUCCACUGAUCUCCCACAAGCAACAUGGAAUGAAUGAUAUUAGCUGAAAACCUCCCAUUGAGGUCGAUACUAUCACAUUUCUCGUUUUGAUGGGUCCUCAGUCUUGGCAUACAUUGAUCUAAGCCUUGCGGGUCAUGAUUUAUUAUUAUGGGUUUUGAUGGGUUUGAGGAUCCGGUCGUAUGGAGACAGGACUCUUUGGAAUCAUGUGGAGUGAGUCAACCAGUGCCUGUUGUUAGCACUAUCCCACUCGUUCGAGAAGCCUUCGUUGUUCCUUCCUGGUGCUCCAAGGGAUACUUAGCAUCACGAGUAGUAGUACACUGUAGAUUUAAUAUAGUCCUCACCUCUGGUGAUAUCGAAAAGCUCCAACUCGUUUUGCUGUGGGUUUGAGUCGCCAUAAUAUGAAUAAGAUUCGGGGACGAUAUCGGGCUGACAUGGUUCAACAGCAUCCGUGAAAUGCAUGAUAUCAAUGACGUUUGGCGUUGGGGAGAAUGGGGCUUUUUUCUUCCACGAUUUCUUUUUUGUGAUGUUGCCAAUUCAUGAGGUGUGAGUUUAGAUCGUCUUAGAUAACCUAUACUAUCUAUCACAUGACUUGGAAUGAAUCGAGUAGGGUCUUUUGCGCACUUGGUACUAAACACACACUAAAUAACCGUAAAACA